ACAAAAAGACACAAACGUCAACCACACGAAACUGCCCAUAAUUCCUUCCCCUAACAAAAACCUUUCUAUAUUUUCCUCUCUCAAUACUCCUCACUUUCUACACUUCCACUCCAACCUCCAACCUUUCUCCAAAUUAAUAUCUCAAUUAUUCUUCCUCCACAGUUUCACCAAAAACAACCACCACAACAUCAUCAUGUCGAUGAAAGAGUGCGACCACCACAAAGGAAGAAAAAGAAAGAUGUUCCAAAGAGUAUUUUGGGGAAUCAUAGUAUUCCUCUUCAUAAUCCUCCUAGCAAUUCUACUCAUAUGGGCAAUCCUAAGACCCACAAAACCAACAUUCAUUCUACUAGACGCAACAGUCUACGCUUUCAACGCAUCACAACCAAAUUUCUUAACCUCCAACUUCCAAAUAACACUCUCCUCUCGAAACCCGAACGACCACAUCGGAAUCUACUACGACCGCCUCGAUACCUACAUCACUUACCGGAGCCAACAAAUUACUUACCGAACCUCCAUCCCUCCUUCUUACCAAGGACACAAAGAGUUUGACGUUUGGUCGCCGUUUGUUUACGGAACUAACGUCCCGGUUGCUCCUUUUAACUUUUUGACGCUCUCGCAGGAUCAAUCUAACGGUAACUUAUAUGUUACCGUCAAAAUUGACGGUAGAGUUCGUUGGAAGGUUGGUACUUUGAUCACGGGUCAUUACCAUUUGUAUGUUCAUUGUCCCGCUUUUAUCGCGCUUGGUAAUAACCGUAACGGCGUCUAUGUUGGGGAUAACGCCGUUAAGCUUCAGCUGGACCAACGAUGCUCCGUUAGCGUUUGAGAGCGUAAAUAAAUUUUAUAUAAUUUUCAUUUAUUUAAGUUUUAUAUUAUAUACUCUCCCUAUUUCAUAGUAUUGUAUUUUAUACCUACGUGUAUUGAAGUUCUACACUUCUAUGUUUAAUUUGUGUAUUUCAAUUUUAUUUUUUUUACAUUUUGCUAUAGAAAUAUAUAGAAAUAUGAGACAGAUGAAAGAGUGAGAGUUAUAUAGCAAAAUCACAUGUUGUAAUUGUAAUAACAUGGCAAUAUAAUUGAACCACAAAUAAAUUAUGCUGUUUCAAUCGGGAUAGCAAAUGAGUGUAUGAUGAA